CCUCUCUCUUUCUCUCUCUCUCUGCGUCAAAUGAUGCAUCAGCCAUCCCCCCCUCCCCUCUCUUAGGAGUCUCGAGCUCCGGACGUAUAUAAAGUUGGGACGGGAGGCAGGAGCGCGUGCACUUUCCUCUCGCUCUUUUCUCUCUUUCCUCGUCCACUCUUUCUUUCACUCUUUUUCUUCCUCUCUGACACUCCUCUCCGCAGAUCAUGGCGUUUACCGGCGACUUGUACUCGAGCUCGUACCGGCGGAUAUACUCGGACGCACCGCGCCGCAUGACCUCCGCGUCGUCCCGGUACGCGCACGCGGCGCCCCGCGUGGGCUCGCGCCUCGCGCUGGACGCCACGACGGACCUCGCGCACACGGCGGCCGUGACCAACGAGAUGAAGAUCAUCCGCACGAGCGAGAAGGAGCAGCUGCAGGGCCUGAACGACCGCUUCGUCUGCUUCAUCGAGAAGGUGCGCGCGCUCGAGCAGCGCAACCGCGCGCUGGAGGCCGAGGCUGCGCAGCUGCGCGAGCGCCACCGCGAGCCCUCGCGCCUCCGCGACCUCUACGAACGCGAGGUGCGCGACCUGCGCGCGCGAGCCGACGAGCUGGCGCGAGACGCCAGCCGCCUCCGCGUGGAGCGCGCGCAGGCCGGCGAAGCGCUGGAGAGCGCGCGCGAGCAGCUGGCCGAGGAGACGCGCCGGCGCGAGGAGGCGGAGAGGGGCGCGAGCGGCUGCCGGCGGGACGCGGAGGAGGCGGCCCUCGCGCGCCACGACCUGGAAAGGCGCGUGGAGGCGCUGCUGGAGGAGAUCGAGUUCCUCAGGAGGGUGCACGAGGAGGAGCUGCGCGAGAUGCAGGCAGCACUGCAAGCCACGCAGGUAUCGGUGGAGAUGGACGUGAGUAGACCGGAUCUGGCCGUGGCUCUGAAGGACAUCCGCUCUCAGUAUGAAGCUCUUUCCUCCAGGAAUCAGCUGCAGGCGGAUGAGUGGUACCGCUCCAAGUUCGCCAGCGUCACCGAGGCGGCCUCCCGCAACAACGACGCCAUCAAACAGGCCAAAGACGAGCUGGGAGACUGCCGGCGGCAGGUACAGGCUCGCACCCUGGAGGUAGAGGCCCUCAGGGGCCACAACGAGGCUCUGGAGAGGCAGCUGGCCGAGAUGGAGGAGCGCCACAGCAAUGAAAUCAGCGAGAUGCAGGAGGCCAUCCAGCAACUGGAGGAGGCCCUGCGGGGUACCAAAGGAGAGAUGUCCCGUCACCUGCGAGAGUACCAGGAGCUUCUGAAUGUAAAGAUGGCGCUGGACAUCGAAAUUGCUGCCUACAGGAAGCUUCUGGAAGGUGAGGAAACUCGUCUGAGCACCGUGAGCGGCGCCUUGCUCCAGUCCGCCUACCCCGGCAUGUCCUACACCUCCGGCAGAACCUUCAUGCUCGGAGCUUACAGGACUACCAUAGCCAAACCUGCUGAGGAGGAAGAGGAAGAGGAGGCUGAGGAAGAGGAAGCAGAGGAAGAGGAGAAGGAAGAGGAAGAAGCAGCAGAAGAGGAGGAAGGAGAAGGUGAAGCAGAAGCUGAAGCAGAAGCAGAAGGCGAGGAAGAGGAGGGUGAAGGAGAGGGAGAGGGAGAGGAAGAAGCAGAGGCGGAAGCUGAGGAGGAAGAGGAAGGAGGAGACGAGGAAGAAGCAGGAGAAGAGCAGGAAGAGGCCGCUGAAGAGGAGGAAGAGGGGAGCGGCGAAGCUGAAGAAGAGGUAGAAGAGGAGAAGGAGGAAAAGAAAGAGGAGAAGAAGAAGGAGGAGAAGAAGCAGGAGAAGAAGCAGGUAGAGGAGAGCAAACCAAAGGAGAAAGAAACAAAGAAGGAGGAGAAAAAGGAGGAGAAGAAGGAGGAGAAGAAGAGCGAAAGCAAAGCGAGCAACAACAACAAGCCGGAGAGCAAGAGCGAGAAGAGCGACGGCAGCAAAGCAGAGAAAUCAGCUCCUGCUGCCAAGAGCAAGUAGAGCCACCGCUGCCCUCCAUACCCCCACCCUCCGUACUGUACUCUCCCAAUACCUCUCUGAUCAUCACACACUCGCGCACACUCCCUCACACACACUCACGCACACACACUUUCUCAGAACCUGCAUUCACACUAGGAGAACGACUGAGCACGACCAAUAAACCUAAAAGAGUUAUUUCCUAAAAGAGCUCCCAAUUUAAAACCACGGUUUAGUGCCAAACAACACAAGCAAGUGACUCAACAACAGAUUGUCAAGCUACUAAGACACUAAAAGACACAAUUAAGCGACAAGUAACAAGUGACACAACGACAAAAUGACCAGCGACUAAACUAAGAGCGUAUGCAAUGUGUAUUUGCGAUUUAGCGACAAGCGAGGAAAGACUACACAGUUCAUAAUCCCAAUUUAGCAACAAGCAAUACAACGACAGAGCGACAAUUGACAAAAGAGGACACGACGAAAGAUUACAGUUUAUAACGACAAUUUUACGACAAGCAGUUCAACAACAGAGUGACAAUUGACAAAAUAAGCAAUUUGAUAAGAAGCAAUAACAGAUUACACAGUUUCAAAACAUUAUUUAAUGUCAAACGAUGAAAGAGUACAAAGUUUGUUAUCCCAAUGUAAUUAAAAAACGACUAAAGAGUACAUAGUUUGUAAUUACAAUUUAAUGACAAGCGACGAAACAGUACGAAGUUUCUUAUCGCGAUUUAGCGACGUUUCGAUGUCGCUAAAUCGAAAAGCAACAAAAGGACACACUUUGUAAUUAUGAUUUAACGACAAGUGACAUAAUGACAGAGCAGCAAGCGACGAAAGAGUACAAAGUUUGCAACCACGAUUUAACAACAAGCAAUACAAUGACAAUUUAACCACCAUCGAUUAAAGAUUACACACUUUGCAAACAUGAAUUAAGGACAAACGAUAAUGACAGAGCAAUAAGGGACAAACUAGUGCACUUACUACAGUUUACUGACAAGCGAUGAAAGAUUACACAGUUUGUAAUCCCAAUGUAAUGAAAAAUGACGAAAAACAAGCGACAUGAUGACAAAGCAACAAGCAACAAAAAAGACACAAGUUUCUAAUCACGAUUUAGCAUCAGGACACAGUGAUAAGCGACGAAAUUACGAUUACGAUUUAAAGACAAGUGACAUGAUCACAGAGUAGCAAGCGACGAAAGAUUACACAGUUUGCAACCAUGAUUUAAUGACAAGCGACAAAACGGCAGAGACAUGUGACACGAAGACAGAGCAACAAGCGACAAACUAGUGCACAGUUAUAACCACAAUUUAACGACAAGCGACUUAAGAGUACACAGUUUGCAAAAGAGUACACAGAUUGUAACCAAAAUUUAACAACAAGCAACACAACAAAUUCGAUAUGUCACCUGCUAUUGUGAAUGCAGGGUCACACACACACAAGCACAAACACUCGCGCAUGCAUGCAAGUGCACCCACACACACACAUCUCUUACUGGGUACAGUCAGGUUUACAAACGGUCUGCUACUCUCUUAAAACAGGUGGUCUGUAAUGGUUCUGAAGUAAAGGCAUUGCUACGAUGGAGAACCAGUAAAAAAAUAUACGUGAUUUUACAGUUUAUCACCACAGUUAUUGGAAUUCUCUGAACUAAAGAACCCUCUAGAGGGUAUAGUCGCCUACAGACAGCAAAUAGACAGCCACAGACCAACAGACAGCUUUGUCUACUGCAGACUCCACCAUACUGACUGAACUGAUUAAUCCAUAACAGAAGAUAAGCCAACAGACAGCAACAGACACCAGUAGACACCAACAGACAACAACAGAAGCUAACAGACAUCAUUAUACCAACAGACAGAAACCAAUAUUAAAGCAACAGACAGCAACAGAAACCAAGAGACAGCAACAUAAGCCAACAGACAGAAAAAUAAGCCAAUAUAAAAAGAAACCAACAUACAUCAUUAUAUACCAACAGACAUCAUUAUACACCAACAGACAGCAACAGACCGAAGAUAAGCCAACAGACAGCAAAAGAAGUCAACAUACGUCAUUAAAAACAAACAGACAGCAACAGAAAACAACUUACACCAACAGACACCAACAGAUGGCAACAAAAACCCACAUACACCAACAGACAGGAAAAUACACCAAGAAAAAAACAACAGACAUCAUUAUACACCAACAGACAGCAACAGAAACCAACAGACAUCUAUCUACAACAAACAGAAAGCAACAGAAGCUAACAUUACAGCAACAGACACUAACAGACAUCUUUCUACAACAAAAAGACAGCAACAGAAGCUAACAGACAGCAACAGACAGCAAAAUAUACCAACAAUACAGAACCAGAAGCCAACAGAAACCAACAGACAGCAUUAUACACCAACAUACAGCAACAGAAACCAACAGACAGAAAAAAUACACCAACAGACAUCAACAGAAACCAACAGACAUCAACAGAAACCAACAGACCCUCAACAGAAACCAACAGACAGAAAAAAAUACAUUAACAGACAGCAACAGAAACCAACAGACAUCAACAGACAGUAAAAAAUACACCAACAGAUGGUAAAAUACACCAAAAUACGGUAAAAGACAGCAACAGAUGGAAAAAACAACAGACAUCAUUAUACACCAACAGACAGCAACAGAAACCAACAGACAUCUAUCUACAACAAACAGAAAGCAACAGAAGCUAACAUUACAGCAACAGACACUAACAGACAUCUUUCUACAACAAAAAGACAGCAACAGAAGCUAACAGACAGCAACAGACAGCAAAAUAUACCAACAAUACAGAACCAGAAGCCAACAGAAACCAACAGACAGCAUUAUACACCAACAGACAGCAAUAGAAACCAACAGACAGAAAAAAUACACCAACAGACAUCAACAGAAACCAACAGACAUCAACAGAAACCAACAGACCCUCAACAGAAACCAACAGACAGAAAAAAAUACAUUAACAGACAGCAACAGAAACCAACAGACAUCAACAGACAGUAAAAAAUACACCAACAGAUGGUAAAAUACACCAAAAUACGGUAAAAGACAGCAACAGACGGAAAAAACAACAGACAUCAUUAUACACCAACAGACAGCAACAGAAACCAACAGACAUCUAUCUACAACAAACAGAAAGCAACAGAAGCUAACAGACAGCAACAGACAGCAAAAUAUACCAACAAUACAGAACCAGAAGCCAACAGAAACCAACAGACAGCAUUAUACACCAACAGACAGCAACAGAAACCAACAGACAUCAACAGAAACCAACAGACAUCAACAGAAACCAACAGACAGAAAAAAAUACAUUAACAGACAGCAACAGAAACCAACAGACAUCAACAGACAGUAAAAAAUACACCAACAGAUGGUAAAAUACACCAAAAGACGGUAAAAGACAGCAACAGACGGAAACAGACUGAAAGUAGCUCGAGCCCUUAGCACACUAAAAGAACACUUUGGGGACCAUUUAAUAGAAAAGUUUAAGGAUGGUGAAAGGAAUGCAUGCCUUAAUGAAACAAUAACGAACUAUAAAACUGUGAAAUGUGAAAAUGGGUCUGGAGACCUCAGUGCCCGGCCAUCAUCCCUCAUCUGCCAUCAUUCCCUGAAGGAAGGAGAAUGAGUGAAGGAAGACCGCCACCUCCACUGCAGUAGAACCCACUGUCCCCACUGGUUCCAACUUUACGGUGCUAUUAUUCGACUCAAACAGCAAGUUGGACGUCAAUGGGUUCAGAGGGCAAACAGCACAACUUUAAAAACAGCAGGUGCUUCUCUGUUCGAGGUCUUGAGUGAAUUAUACCAGCCGAGAAAUCCCACCAAUGUUCACCUCAUUUACCCCGACGUUCACCCCAGAAUCACCCUGCGUUCACCCUACGUAUCACCCCCAGUCAAAUGUAAUACUAGAGUAGCUAUAAGCGCACUAUUGAAUGUCUAUUUCUUGGGACUGUCCGAGCUAAACAUACGUCUCGGACAGUAUGUACUACUGUAUGUAGAACAUUUGACUAAUGUUCUAAUAUAAUAUUUCACACGUUUACCAUCUACAAUAUCCAUAACCAGCACUACGCCGAUGUUCUACCACCCAUCCAUCCGCCUUCUGUUUAAUUGCGACAGUCGCUGCUCAGCAAACGCGGCUACUAUUAAGAUUCGCCGAUGAACGGUAAACUGAGGAGGGCUAGUGGACUUUCGAUCUGAGGGAUGGACGUGCAUUUUGCAUCCAAUGCAGUUCAUCCAGGAAUUAAAUAUUAUGAUUGUGAAGAUUUUAAAAAGACUGCUGCUAUUUAUCUUCCUAUUCCUGCUACUUUUACGUUAGAAAAAGAACCUCCUCCACUCGAUUGGUUCACUCUCAAUGGAAUUUUUGUAAUUUUCCAACGUGUUAAAACAGGAGUCUUCAACUGUUUGGGAAUUAAAUAUACUGUAUAGAACAAAUAUAGAAAAUUAAUGUGCAUUAGAAGAUGAGAAGAAUGUUUUUCUUCUCAUCUUCAGUGUUGAGGUCUGGAUGUUGAGGUUUCCAGAUUUUCUGGAGAUGGUGUUGGUGGUUUAUCAGGUCUUACAGGGGGUUGUUAUGGGUCUCGUACCGAUUUUAAAGCUCUUUCUGCUUUUCAUAAUGCAUGUCAUCCCAGACACAUUUAAUAAUGAUGAAGUCUGGAAUCUGGGCCUUUGAUUGGAGGUGAUGUUGGUGAUGUUGGUGGUCUACCAGGUCUUGCAGGGGUUGCUAGGGUUCCUAUGUUUAAGCCUAGAAGUUGAAGAGCAUUUCUUAUUCUCACCCUGCAAGCUGUGGGUGGUCUGCAAGGUCUUACAGGAAGUUGUUAAGACCCGUUUCCAUUUUUAGCAAGGCCUUCAAAGUGCUGAUACAAUACGACCUCUGUACAAUUUUUUGAUUUUGUAUUUUAAAACCAUGUUUGCAGGCUGGUAUAUCAAAUAUUGACUUUAAUAUCACCUUAAAUGUAACUUAAUACCAAAUUUAGAGACAUACAUCUAAUAUAUUGCCUUUAAUACCACCACUUAUUUAUAUUUUUAUGUGACUAAGUACCCCCAUUAUAUUUGCCCAUAUAAAUGGGCUGUCUGUCCACAGUGUGGGCUUUGUCUCUGAAAUGAGAUUGAGUGGAUUGACCUCAUUACUGGGCAGUUGGUUGUGACAGGUCUGGCUCUUUGCUGGUCUUGCAAGUGGCAGGUAACGUGACUGGUAGUUAAGGGUAGUUAAGGGCUAUUACCAAGACAUUUAACCCUUUGUUGUAGCAUAGAGUAUCAGCAAACUAUGAAACAUAUGGAAUAUAUUUUAUAUUUUAGUUUCUGUUACUCAUCAAGAGUAAAGUAUCAUUUGUAAAGUUGUAAAGAGGUAGAGUUGUUAGUGAAUAGCUCUAUUUGAGUAAUAUUCUAAUCCAGAUUACUAGAAGCAAGAACUACUUAACUAAGUAAAAAAAAGUAAAAUAAAUGACUUUAAGGCCAAAAUGAAGGUCAGUAAAUCCAAAAUGUAUGAUUACAAGAACUUUGAAACCAUCAAAAACGUUAUGAUGGUGAAACUGGCACUCAUCAGGACCACCCCAUGAAAGGAAGAGAGUUUCUUUAUACUCUGGAUCACUUCACUAUUCAUUUACUAUGGAGGAAAUAAUUAUAGGACCCAAAUCAAAUCAAGAAUAAAAGUAGGUGAAAUUUUCUUCCGCCAAUAAAAGUAGUCCCAUCCGUUCGGAGUACAGCAGUGAACCGGUUGAUGGGAGGAUGUUUUUUUCUCUUUCUCUUUUGCAUGGCCUGAUGAUCCUUGGAGCUUGGCUAUAGAAGACAGGAUGGGAUAGAUUUGCUUGUUGUGUGUAUGAUAAAUAAUGUAUGUACUGUAAAUGCCUUAAUAACGAGAGAAAUGCGUUUGCACUUUUCUGCAUUCACAUCCCACACUUUUUCAGAGAGGGUUCAGAGGAGGAGACGCCAUACCGAGCUAACCGCUAACCUACCGCAACCGUCCGAGCUGCUACUUCCAUACAGUGGUGUUCUCUAAAUAAGCCAAAUAAAGCCAUUUACCAACCAAAA